AUGUUGUGCCCCACUGACGUGACCACCGUGACAGAUUACUGGAAAAUGCUCAAGCCGGAAGACCAUGAAUGGGAACAUCUUGGCGUUAGACCUACGGUGGAAAAGGCCUUGCUUCAACAAUUGUACAGGGAAUACUUCACUGACGAGAUUGCGCCCCUGGAAACCACCAUCGACGUUAAGUAUGUCAUCAGCAGAACAGAUCCUUGGAGUUUGAUUCUUAUCUAUGAGAAAGAUUCUCAGCGUUGGCUCUCUGCAUAUAAACUUGCACCCCUGGCGUUCGCGGACAAGGAAGAUGAGGAUCGUGAUAAGACCUAUGUAUGGUUUGAGUUCCUACCCGAGUCCCCGGAGAAAGACUUCUUGAGCAAUUUGCUGCAAAGCUGA